GAACGGAGAACUUUACUUCGCCGGCGGGGACGAGAAAGUAGCCAGUAGGUGGGUGAUUCGGCGGAGGAGCUCAUCGGCGGCGGCUGGACGAUCUGAACUUGAGGUCCGAACCAAAAUAGUUUCGUCUGGCGUGUUAAUUUAUGGAGUAAUGGAUAUAGAUUAUAGGAACAAGCUUGUCCUCGCACCUAUGGUUCGAGUUGGCACGUUGCCGUUGAGGCUGCUAGCUGCUGAAUAUGGUGCUGAUAUUACGUACGGAGAGGAGAUUAUUGAUCACAAAAUCCUGAAGUGCCAGCGCAGGGUUAAUGAUGUGCUUGGGACUAUUGAUGUGGUGGAGAAUGGAACAGGUAGUGUUGUGUUUAGAACAUGUCCUGAGGAGCAAAAUCGGGUGGUUUUCCAGAUGGGAACUUCAGAUCCUAUUAGAGCUCUUCGUGCUGCUCAGAUUGUCUCCAGGGAUGUUGCUGCAGUUGACAUAAACAUGGGCUGCCCCAAGUCAUUCUCCAUUAGUGGUGGAAUGGGUGCUGCAUUGUUGACAAAACCUGAGCUUAUUCAUGACAUUCUAACAACGCUGAAAAGAAACAUUGAAAAACCUGUAACAUGCAAGAUCCGCUUAUUAAAGUCACCUCAGGAUACUGUAGAAUUAGCACGCAGAAUUGAGAAAACUGGCGUUUCUGCUCUAGCUGUUCAUGGAAGGAAAGUUGCUGACCGGCCGAGAGAUCCUGCAAAGUGGAGCGAGAUUUCUGAUGUUGUGGCUGCAGUUUCUAUCCCCGUCAUAGCUAAUGGUGAUGUAUUCGAGUAUGAAGAUUUCGAACGCCUCAAAGUUGCAACAGGCGCUUCAUCUGUUAUGGUUGCAAGAGGUGCGCUUUGGAAUGCAUCUAUUUUUUCCCCCAAAGGAAAAUUGUUGUGGGAUGAUGUGAAGAAAGAGUAUGUUCAGAAGUGCAUCUUGUGGGACAAUGACCUCAAGAGCGCUAAACAUACAUUGAAGGAAAUGAUAAUGCAUCAUUCUUGUCUUGAAUUUCCUGAGGGGAAGGCUGUCAUCAAGUCGGAGACCUUAGCAGACCUGGCACGACUCUACGGAGAAGAUGAGUACUAUGAGCAGAUAAACAAGAUCCGGCCAUAUUUUGGCAAAAGCAGAUGACAUUACAGAUUGUGCUCUUCCGGGUGUUGUAUCAUUUUACCUCUGGUCUGAAUGGAGGGAGAGUUGCAUACAACCGCCGGCCAGGGAGAGCUGUUGUGUUGCGACCGAAAGUAUUUUGAGUUUUGUGUCUUCCAAUGGGUUAUUGUUAAUCUUUGCAUGUCUUUCCACAAAUUUACAUUAUAGAACAAAUUUUUUUUUGGGCAAGUCACUGAAGAUGUCCUGCCCUCAAACCAGUUAAUCCCUCGUUUAUAUAUAAUAGUUCAUGCUUGUAA